CUUCAAGUUGAGCAGGCUCAAGCUGAACAACAACCUCGUCAAUAUCUGUGGAUUAAUCUAGGAGAGCAUUAAGGAUUGACAAUUCUGCAUUUGCAAAAACCACACGUAAAAUGGCUGCUUGGAAGAGAUGCAUGGGAGAAACUAUCAUUUUACUUGCCAUUUUCAUUCACCACCCUGCCUGGUGUGACUUUCCAGCCUUUCUGCCUUGCGAUGGCUACAGAACCUCCAAACAGAUAGACUGCAGCUACAGGCAUUUAACCUCUGUGCCAAUUGUCACGUCAGAAAAUGCCACCACCUUCCUGCUGAAUGAUAAUUCUCUACAAGAAGUCAAUGACCAAGCGUUCUCUGGUCUGCCGAACCUUCGGGUGAUUGACUUGAGCAUGAACUGCAGCCCUGGGAAACUCCGCUUGCCAAGUCAGGACUGCAAAAUGACCAUCGGGUCCAGAGCCUUCCUUCACCUUCGCAACUUAGAAAUAGUUAACCUAACUGGAAAUAGUUUAACCUGUAUCCCACAGUUGCCCACAAACCUUAUCGGCUUGAACCUGGCACUCAACAACAUCAUCAACUUGCAAUUUACAAAUGUCUCCAAUCUAGUUAACCUGAAAUUUCUCAACUUUAGUAAGAAUUGCUUUUAUAAAAAUCCAUGCAAUGCCUCGUUUACCUUCAAUGAGGACACCUUUAGGAACAUGCCACACCUGAUGUCAUUAGACCUGAGUUUUAAUAGUAUACUGGUCGUGCCUAGAGGACUGCCAAGAUCCUUGAAAAAACUGGUGCUAUCUGAGAAUAAGAUUCCACAAAUUUCCUCAGAGGAUUUUAAGAACCUUGUUCAUUUGGAAUAUCUUUCCCUGGCAUGGAACUGUCAACGGUGUGACCAUGCUGCCCAGCCCUGCUUUCCCUGCAAAAACAACAAAUCGAUUGAGUUGUCUCCCCAUUCCUUUCUUCAUCUGAGGGAACUGAAGACUCUGGUGCUCAGGGGCAACUCCCUCAGGCACUUGGAUGACAUCUUGUUCCAGUCACUGGGAGGCAUAACAUCCUUGGACCUAUCCGACAACUUUCUUGCCCUCGCCAUUCAAAAUGCCACCUUUUUCGCAAACCUGACCCACCUGCAAGAACUCAACUUAAUGUACAAUUACAAACCGUUCCACAUCUUCAAACACCUUGUCUUGCCUCCUUCUCUGGAGAACGUUAGGUCGUUGAGAACGUUUCAGAUCGAUGGUUUCUUCUUUAACACCUUGGAUAAAAAAACCAUCGGGCCAUUGCUCAGAAUGCCCAACAUUAGUUCGGUAAAUUUCCGAAUGAAUUUCAUCACAGAAAUUGACCUUAAACUCUUUGAGAAUAUGACGUCACUGACGUAUAUCGGGCUCUCGGAAAACAAAUUGUCAUUCUCAUUGGGGAACUCCUGCCUCCCUCUGCCUGACAGUGGUGAGGUUAAUAAACACCUGGUUGACACCAGUCAUCGAGCGUACUGGAUCCCAGAAAGAAGAGAAGACUACAAGAAUGCCGAGGGAACCAAAACCAAAGGAGCGUCUUCCUUCUUUUCCCACGAGAGUUGCUCUUCUUUUGGGAAAGUCUUUGACUUGUCAUACAACAAUAUAGCAGAUAUAAAUCCAGACAAAUUUGAAGGACUGGAGAACGUCCACUGCCUUUUACUGAAUUGCAAUUACUUGACGCAGGCACUGAAUGGCAAACAGUUCAACCGACUGAAGAACCUAAAGUAUCUGAACCUUGCUUACAAUAGAAUAGAUUUCUACUUUAGGGAGGCAUUUUCAGAGAUCCAGACACUCGAAGUUCUGGACCUCAGUUCCAACAGUUACAUUUUUGAAAUGAAAGGCAUGGGCCAUAGUUUCGAAUUCAUCAAAAACUUGCCCUCCAUAAGGUGCUUGAAUUUGGCACACAACAAAAUUGCAAAACGGGUCACAAGUGAGCUGCACAGUAGCACUUUGAAUGUGUUGAACUUUCGUGGAAACUACUUGAGCGUGAUGUGGGAGAGUGGGACUAAUACCUACUGGAAUUUUUUCCACAACCUUAAAAACUUAACCAUCCUGGAUAUCUCGAUGAAUAUGCUGAAGACUGUACCUCCAGAGGCAAUGGUUCGAUUUCCAAAGAGUUUGAAAGAGCUUUACAUCGAUGACAAUCUAAUGGACUUUUUCAACUGGGACAACCUAUCAGAACUAAAAAACCUUGAAAUUCUGGACUUGAGUCAAAACUUGCUUCGUGGUUUGCCCACAAAAAAAUGUCUCUUUCCGGAGCGAUUCUCCAAACUUGUCUUGCGGAGCAACAAAAUAUCUCAACUUCCCAGCAGCUUUUUCUCCCAGGCCCAAGCCCUGCGUUACCUUGACUUGAGUCAGAAUAAAAUCAAAGCAUUAUACGUAGAUAGUUUGCCCUCUGAACUCUUGCAAGGGCUGAGCGUUCUGGCUCUGGCCAACAAUCCUUUCAGCUGCACCUGUGAUGCCAACUGGCUUCUCCAUUUCAUCAAAGAUACGAGUAUUUCACUGGCUGAUCUUACCACCGCUUGGAAGUGCGAGUUUCCAGAAUCACAAGAAGGCAAGAGCAUUCUUUUGACGGACCCGCUGUCUUGCCAGAAAAUCCACGGAAGCAUCGGCUUUGUGGUCUCGUUUGUGCUGACUCUAACACUCACGGCCCUGCCAAUAUUGCACAAGCUGUUUGGUUGGGAUUCCUGGUACACUUUCCAUGUGUGCGUCGCCAAGUUAAAAGGCAGUAGGUUCAUUCCGUCCGAGAAGCUGCAAUACGACGCCUUUAUAGCCUUCGACACCAAUCACAACGCUGUGGCUGACUGGGUCUACCACGAGCUGGUGGUGAACCUUGAAAAGAAAGGACAGCGCAAGUUCAACCUUUGCCUGGAGGAGAGAGAUUGGACUCCUGGAAAGUCAUCAAUAGAGAACUUGUACGAUGCCAUCUACCAAAGUAGGAAAGCCAUCUUCAUACUGACCAACGCCUGCUUUGCAAGUGGGCAGUUGAGACAAGCCUUCUUCAUCGCACAUCAGCGGCUGUUGGACGACAAGGUGGACGUCAUAGUCCUGGUCCUUCUGGAUCAGUCUUUGCGAAAGUCAAAGUACCUUCAGUUGCGCAAGAGACUGUGCAAGGCCUCGGUCUUAAGUUGGCCCCACAACCCUCACGCAGAACGGCAUUUCUGGCUUAAGUUGCAGAAGGUCCUGACCAGAGACAACAGGUCGCAAUAUGAUCCGAAUUUCAGUGAGAGCUUCUUACCCUUCGAGUACAACUUGCAGAGCAUCUUGUGGCACAAACAUUGAGUCAUAGUGUCAAACAGCACGGAAACAGCCCCUUAGGCCCACCUUGACCACACCGACCAAUAUAUCCCAUCCACCCUAGUCUAGCUUGCUUGCGUUUGGCACAUAUCCCACUAAACGCUUCCUAUCCAUAUACCUGCCCAAAUACCUCAACUACCUCCUCUGGCAACUCGUCCCAUAUACCCACCAUCUUCUGUGUGUAAAAAGUGCCCCUCAGGUUCCCUUCCCCUCUCACCAACGCUACUUUAUUGUCAUAUGUGCGGGGGGGGGCAAACACACAGAUAAAUUAUUUUCUUACAGUAUUAAACCUUUGUCCUCUUAUUCCCCUACCCUGGGUGAAAGGCUCUGUGAAUUCCCCCUGUCUAUUCCUCUCAUGAUUAACAGAAGAAUUAACCCGAGUAAUUCCAAAUAUUCUGAAUCUAAUAUUCCAAAUAUUCUGAAUCAGGUUAAUAAAUCCUCCUCCCCUUUCUGUGCACUCAGCAUGGCAAGGUUUAGUUUAAUUUAGAGAUUAGUUUAGAGAUACAGUAUAGAA